CUGGAAAUGACAGAGUGACGAAUCAAAAAAUAUAUCAUGAAAGUUGUAAAAGGACAUUGAUCUUCAGUGUAUGCAGUUUUGAAAUCAAAGUAGACGGUCAAGUGACAAUGCACUGAGCCAUUCAGGGAAUCGCAUAGUUUAUAUCUUGACAUAUACACACAUUCUAAUAUUCAGGAAAACCAGAACUUUUUAGGAUAGAGGAUAUAACAUGUUUAAGUUUCAAUUCCUUAUCAUGUGUGCUUUGGUAUUCGGGCCCAACUAUGCUGGUGGCAAAAGUGCUCCCGUAUUCGAAAGUGUACACGUAUUAAACUACACAGAUGCAAAUUUAAAAUGUCAAGACCAUGGAGGAUUACUUGACAUGAAUUUAUUUAGAUCGUCAAGCCUGUUCAGUGGAAUAAUUGAGAACGCUCAUGAACUCAAACCAUACCUUUUAUUAAAAGAAAACGUCCCGGUAUGGGUUUCAGGACUCGCAACCUCAGGUCCUUAUAUUGCACCUUACACCUGUUUGAGUUUGGACAAGCACAAUUUUGCAGAAAACGUGACAUUUGAUAGCAAUAUUUUAUACGAAUGCAGCGUUGAAUGUGCUCGGAAACUACGCAAUAUAGGAUUCAUUGGUAUUACUGGGAACACAUGCUCGUGCAUUUUUGAGUCGUACAGGUUUCCAGAUAACCCGGAAUGUGAAGAAAGUGAUUUUCUGGACAGCAACAAAGGCAUUAUCGUUUUUAUAUUGCUACAAAGAAUAUCGUCCGCCCUGUCCAAUUCGCUAGAUUUUAACUGCGUGAGUGCUUCAAAAGAAAUAGGAGGGCCACAAUAUCACGCUACUAAAUGUUUGUCUAAACUGAGUGGAAUAUGUAGCAAUCGUAAGGACAGUUCUCUGAGUAGCGAAUGUAUUCCUAAGCUUAAUGAUGGGGAAUUUUGCUUCCUUGAGGAAAAUGCAACAUUCAUAGAACACAUUAAAACAUGUGUGAAAUAUGGUGGAGCCCUUCUAUCAGUAACUUCAGACGUAACAGAAUUUCGAAAUUCUACAGUAAUGCUUGGAAGUUUUAGGGAAUUCAAAGCCAUUGAGGAUGGUGAGGAAAACAAGGACAUGUCUUGUGUAUCAAUCACAAAAUCCAACGAAAUAUUUUACCUUGAGAAAGAAAGGUGUUCCAAUGUAAAUGGUGUCAUAUGUAUGGAUGAUACACUAGACAAAUCAGGAUGUGUGUCAAAUAAUGGUGUAAAAACAUAUCUUUUAAUCAUUUUAUUAUGGUACCUAUUGUGGUAGUAAUUCUUAUAAUUAUUAUGAUGGUGUCACUGUGAUAAAAAUCCUGAUAUUGUCAAAGACCACUCUUACAGUGGUAUGACUAUACGACUGUGGAUUGGCCCUACAGAUAAAGCUAGUUGGUGUCAACAAUGUAUAUAUUGUAGUAAGGCAAAUAUGAGGUGAAAUUAUUUGUGAAUAUUUUUAAUACAUAAUUCUUCAUUUUGCUAAAAUUACUAAUUGUUUAUUAUUUCAGUUGCUAUUGUUUUAUGUAUCAAAAGACAUUUUGACAUUUUUUCAAGAAUACUCUGGAAUUGCAGUUUUAAUGUUUUUGUUUGAUUAAGAAAUUAGUUUCUUUUGGAGUGUUAAAAGCCAGAUGAUAUUAUAGAUUGAGUCUGGACUAUUGUUGUUUAUUGCAAUUGUUUAAUCAUGUUUUGACUUACUGUUUAAUUGAUAUUCUUAGCACCUUUCUUUGUAUGGUGCAGUAUCUGACACCUAGACCUCAAAGUUUUAGAGUAAUCAACAAGUCUUCCUUACUGGUCUUAUUUGCAUAAUUAUAUUGUUAUAACUUGUUAUAAGUUUUUAUUGGCCAUAGGGCCCUUUCAAUAUUUUGUUUAAGGUAUUUUAAUUGGUUAAGAUUAAUGUUGUCCCCUCCUACCAUUUUCUCAUUGGAAGAGGACAUUUUGUAAAUCAGUACCUAUAGAGAAUUUUGGGAAAGUUCAAUAGUGAUAGUGAUUCACACGAUCAACGAAAUACUAAGCUAACAGCCAAAUGUAUAUAGAAUAAUUUAUUGUUUUACAUAUUUUACCUUUUGAAAUUAUCGAACCAUACAAAUGGAAUUCAUGGAUUUAAGCAGGGUUUCUGGAACUAUUCAACCAAAUCAACUAUCCAUUGUUAUCGAGCCCGGUAAACAAACAAUUCAUCCCCAGAGAUAUAAGAUGAAAGAGUAUAAUUUGGAUCUCUACUACUUUAAGUAGCUAUUAUAGUAAAUUAUUUCAAUGAUUUUCAAUAUACAUUAUGGUGACAAAACAUUUCUUUUCUUUUCUUCUAUCGUUUUCACAUGAAAGGAUGAGGUAUUUAAGGACUAUGAUGAUAUACAUCGAUUUAACCUUAAAUUAUUAAAUGCACGUCAUCAUAACCUAAAAUGAAACCAAAUUAUUUUUCAGCUGAAGUAGUCAAGAAAGAAAACCAAUUUCGCUUUAAACUGUAUAGAGACAUUUUGAGUUAACAAUUCUACCGAUUUAAACAUUAUUUGAGUUAACAAUUCUACCGAUUUAAACGUUACAUCCAUAUAGUACUAUUAGAAGUCCAUGAUGAUAUUACAUGCUAUGCUAGGUGAUGGUGUUGUAAUAUAAUGCUUCUCAGGUCCAGGUUCAUUGUUAGGAAAAACAGUUUUUGAUCCAAGCCCUAAUUCAUUCAUUCACUUAAAGAUAUUUAAAUUUUGAAAAUAUAUAUUGAUAAAAAAAGAGAAUGCACUGGACCAGGGGCUAAUACCUGUGAAUAGAAAGUAUACUAUGUAUUUUUAUCCCGCACAUACAUAUUAAAAUGGAAAAAAUCGGGCGCGGGCCGUUUAAAAAAAAAAAAAAAAAAAAAAAAAAAAAAAAACAAUAAAAAAAACAAUAAAAAAAAAAAAAACUUUAUAUUACCUGUAUUAUUAUUAUAUUAUUUUUUUAAAAACCAUAGUAACCCUCUUUAUAUAUGUAUAAUAAUUAUGAACAUUUAAAAAACAUGUAGGGAAAAGAAGUUAAAUGUCAACGCACUCUCUUGUCUUGAAGAAGUUUCAAUAAUUAAAUAGUGUCAGGCAAUAGUCGGGCAUCGACAACAAAGAGGUCAGUUCAUAUACGUAAAUGUUUUUUUAAGAUACAAUGCAAUAUCAAAUUUACAACUGUAGUUAAGACUAGAGAAAUGAAACCAAAUCCAAUAAAGCUGUCGGACCACUCUAGAUGUCAUUCGUCGCAGGUUUUGUGGCAUUUCGGGUACAAAAUUACUCCUUUGGCGUAUAUCCCAUCAACUGAUGGGGGUAAAACUCCACCUUUGGCUUCAAAAUUCUGUUUAAGUCACACUUGGGGAGGUGACGGGGUCAAGCCAUAAUGCAGCCAUUAUUUUUUGCAAUUGCCUACAUGAAUAUAAUAAAAAAAAGAUUUUGUAAAUGCUUUUUUCAAUAUGUAACCUAUUUAAAACUAUAUGCAUUUAUUUCCAGGUCACCUAAGUUCAUUGCUAUGUUAUGUCUGAAAAUAGCUCAAUGAAGCAAUGGUUCUUAUUACCAUAAACCCCGACUUUAAAUAAAGAUUCUUGUAUCUUGCUAUUUAUUGGUACUUUUAACUGUGCUUUUUACUUCCAAAUUACAUGUAGUCAGACAAGGAUUUCUUAUUUUUGCCCCAGGUUAUUAUUUUGUGGCAUUAAUAGUCAUUUUUGUUGUUAUAGUUGUUUUUGUUUAUUUAGUAUUUAGUUUAUGUUUUCUACAGAGAAAAGUCAUAUACAGUACUAGUAUUAUUUAGUUGUUGGUAUUUGAGGGUUUCAAUCUCUAUUUGGAACCGCAAAACAAUGAUAUAACAUAUAUGAUAUACCUCAACUCCAUAUUCGUAAAAUCAGUUCCAUUCAUUCUAAAGUGGAAAACAGUUCACGUUUCGUCCAUAACUGGCAUAAAUGUAAUAAUUCCAUAAUUCUUCAAGGUGUCAUCAUUAUUAACAUUACGAAACAUUAUUGAAUACAAAAAGGUACAUACAUCUGGUAACUAGAGAUUGCUUUUUUGAAAAAUAGCUAAAUGUCUCCCCUAUUGUGUGGUCAUAGCUGAGAAAAAAUAAACGAUGGACAUGAAAUUUGUAAUUUUGGACUGGAGACCAACCAACAGUGAAGUUUGGUUUAUUCACUCGUAUUAAAUAGUGAACGUCUACUGCAUAAGAUCAGUGAUCCUAUGAAUAUUAAGACUUAAUGUGAUAGAUGGAUGUAAGAAGUACCAUUUUGUUUUAUUUCAAUCUGGAGUAUGCAAUCAUCUGUACCAAAUGUGAAGUCAUUAGUAUUACAGAUUUUGUGCUAAACUUUAAUGAGUACAUAGUUUGAAUGGUGCCAUAUAGUAUAUAUACAUUUUUAAAUUAUAUAAAUAAAUAUUUUUAAGCUUAAGGUCACCGCCAACAUUCUACCUGAAGGUAACAGCGACCUUGGCCUUUGAACUAGCGAUCUUAAAAUCAAUAGGGGUCAUCUACUAGUCAUGACCAACUAGCAUACCAAGUAUGAAGUUCCUGGGUCUAAUCGUUUUAUAGUUAUUGAGCGGAAGUGUGACGUACGGACUGACGGACGGACGGACGGACUGAUGGACAGGGCAAAACAAUCCAUUAAAGUAUAAGAUAGCUUUCGCUAGAUUUCGCUGUUCAAACCAUAAACUAAACAUAGAACUUGGUAGAUAUAUAAAAACAGUAUUUAUAAUACUCCACAAGAUAAGAGACUUUGUACAUACUGUGUAUAAAUCAA